AUGUUGGGGUUUAAUCUGGAAGGCGUUCUUUUCUUAGGGUCUCAGUUAACAGCGAUAGGACGUAGUCGUCAUGCAGUAAUGCCCGCUGAGUUAGUAAAGUCUAGAGACAGAGAAAACUACCAGGCUGCACUAACUAUGGCGCGAACAUGUCAUGCAGAGGUUUUCGCUCUGCUUGCCUUCAACGUUGAGGUGGCUGUUGUGCGGGAAAAGAUCAGUUCUCAACGAGGAGCUAAUACUGCCGGCAUGUACCGUUUACAGUUUUGGCGUGAUACACUUUCUGCGAUAUACGGCGACUCCGUUUCUCCAAUACCAAGGCAACCAGUUGCUAUUGCUUUAUGUUCAUUCGCACCACAUGCUUCACCAUCGCUACUUGAUUCUUUAGUGGUCGCCCGUCAACAAACUAUGGGUGAUAGACCUUUUAGCACAAUUGACAGUGUUACAACAACUGGAGCGCUUAUUCGCCUAGAAGGUGAAGCACUGGUUCGUGACUGCGCUAUCGGAAAGCCUCCUAAGGAGUUCGAUGAGGCUGCUGAUGAGUCAUUUUUACCCUUACUGACAAUGGGGAUUGUGUUAUUACCUGCUGAUCUUCUUGAAUUGCAUAGUCUUACUCCGGAUAGAGUGUAUAAGGGAAAAGACCCUGAAGCUGUCACUCGUCUGGUAAGGGAUAUGGUACAGGUAGCACUAACACACAUCCGUGCCUCUAAUGAGCUCUCCUCAUCAAUUCCUCGUGUACUUUACCCGUCAUUAGCUGCUCCAGCCUCCGUAGUAGAGAACAUUAUUAGAAAUGCGAAAAAGGUAAAUUCUGUUUUGGCAGAAGUUCAGGAAUUUUAUUUUUCUUGGCAAAAUAACACAACGAUUGUCCUUUUGAAGGACACGAUAUGCAAUAUUCAUUGA